CAUUUAUAAUUUUGUUGUAUUUGCGCGCACUGGCGGACAGUGUAAAUGUUGCGAAAUUUCGUUCGCUUUAACGCUUGGUGCGUUCCUUACAUGUGAAAAUUGUUGCGCUUGACCUAUAAUGGUACGGAAUAAAAGAAUAUUAAUUCAUUCUGAACUAUUUGGACUACAGCUAUGACAUAAUUUACAACCACAAAGUUCCGCUUAUUCAAAAAUGCUGACAAAACGAUCUCUAAUCAAAAAUUAACGAUUGUACCGCACAAACGUUAUCGCCUUCAAAUACUCUCAUGAGUCUUAUCAAUAUCAACACCACUCUGUUUAUUCUGCUUUGCAAGGCAAAACUUACACGCGAUAUUGAACGAACUGCGGCUGCAACUUCAUUAGCCACAGCCACGAAGCAGAUGCUGGACAUGCAUCUUCCGGCACGAAUGAUCCCGGAAUUAUGGAAAUGGCAUGCUGCACUGGGAUAUGCUUUUGUGCUGUCGAUUUUAUUGAUAUAUGCUCACAAUAUUAUUGUGGCCAGGCUGAAGAAAACCAGGGAAAAGGAUAUUGAGAUGGGCCUUAGACAUAAGAACUGGCAAUUUGGAUGUGCAUACUUGUUGACCUUUUUGCCGUUAGUGACAGCGGUCGGCUUGCUGUCCACAAGUGUUCUCUUGUAUUUGGAGUUCAUCAAUAAGGAAAUGCCACAACGAAUGUUCUAUUCUGCAGUAUCUGGAAUGGCAGUUGCGGUACCAGCUGUACUACAUUUUUCUUGUGCCCUGUUUUGCAUUACGGGCUCUUGUUGGUUAACUCGACGGGAGUUAGUUUCGAACGAAAGGGAGCUGGAACAAACGAAAGGAGUACUAAUACACCCUCAACCUCAACGAUGACAGCGGGCUUUCCGGGCACAAUAAAAGACAUAAGCUAAAUAAAAAAAAUCAGCUAAUUAACAAAGUGCUAACUAAGUGUCUUUUAUCGAUCUCGCGGUCCAACAGUUUGCGACAGGAGAAAUUUUGGUAUUUUUUUAAAUUGCGUACUCAUAAUAGUAUAUCAGUAGCAGCGAACGGGCGGCACGAGCCCAUGUUGCGCUGAUAGAAUUAACGUUAUAACUCUGUUACAGCUUGAUUACUAUACCUUUGCUCAUAAGUCAUAGGUAAUUAUUAUGAUCGUGUACUGCGUGAACUGCUUCCGCUGAUCUGUGGAUUGUGGUCAAUGAUCAUGAUACACAAUACUAUACUGCAGGUUCCUAAUCAGCGCGGUGAUCAAAGCGCAGCUAAAUAAUUGUCCU